AUGAGCCAAGGCCGUGGCAAGUUGGCUGCCGGGUUGCCUCGCGAGAUCACCGUCAUCAUGCUGGUGGUGACGAUAUUGGGCUGCUUCCUGUUGGUUACUUCCGUUGCCAGUUCCCAGGAUGAACCGGACGCUUCGUUGCUUUGGGAACGUCGUCUGAGCCAGCUGGAGCUGAAGCUGCAAAAUGUUUCAGAUGUGCAAAAUUCGAUUCUCAGCCAACAGAGCUCGCUGCUGGAGAGUUUGGCCAAGCACCAGCAGCGCAUCAUCAAGUCCUGCGACGAAGCGACCACCUCGGGACGGUACCGCCUGGAACUCCCAGACUCCUCAGUCAAACCCGUAGUCUGCGACAUGAAAGAGCUGGACGGCGGUUGGCUGGUGAUUCAGCGUCGCUUCUCGGGCGCCGUCAGCUUCAACCGGAGCUGGGCCGAGUACCGGGACGGGUUUGGGUCGGUUGGCAAAUCGGGCGAGUUUUGGCUGGGACUGGAGCCGGUUCACCAGCUGACGGCGGGUGGAGGCUACGAGUUACUGGUGAAGCUUGAAUAUGAAUUUGACGAGGGAUAUGCUCGGUAUCAGCGUUUUGAACUGGCCGGAGAGGGUGAGGGGUACGAGAUGUUGGCUUUGGACGAGUACCACGGAAAUAUGGGCAACCAAAUGCAGUUUACGAAAAAUAUUAAAUUUUCAACCUAUGACAGAAACUACGACGAAAGAGCUACCAACUGUCCACAAGUUUAUGGCUGUGGUUGGUGGUUCAAUGGAUGCAGUUACGCAAUUCUUAAUGGUCCAUUCUGGAAGGAUUCAAAGACAAAACAAGGAAUAUACUGGGCUGGAUGGACCAAAGCUGCCUCGAAGAGCACGAUGCUGAUUCGACGCAGAUUCACUUAAAUCUCACUUUCUUAACUUACAUCACACUGCGUAAUAUAGAUUUAACCACAUGGUUGUGGGAGAAAAUCUAAUGGUUGAUCUGUUCCUCGUUCGGGCAGAUGGUAAUAACAAAAUUAAUAAUAUUUCAAUAACAAACCCUGUUAGAAUAACAAAAAGUGUUUUUAUUUAAUCCUGAACAUCAACUUUAAGAAGAAAAAAAAUAAC